GGAAACAGAGCCAAAAGUUGGAGAGGGAGAGGGAGAAGAGAAGAAGGCUGGCUCCUCAUUUCCAGCUGUAGCCUGGUUCUGUCUCAAUUUUGGAGGACACAGUUCAACUCUAAGUUUAUUUCACCUGUUUACUUGUCCCCAUGCCCAAACUUUUGGGAAAAUAAGAGUGCAACCAAGCCCACGCAUGAGGGGCCAGAGAGGCAUGUGAGAAACAAAAUGUGCUGAAACAGAAGGUCUCAACCUGGUGCUCCCUAAGGUAAAGCAGGACAUCAAUCCAGUGACUCUCUAGCUUCAUUCAAGAAAUAUUUAAUAAGCAUUCAGCAUAUUCUAGGCAUGUGUUUUUCAAAGUGUAGUACAUGGAUAAUCUGUCAGAAUUCUCUUCUACACUUCCUACUAAAUCAGAAGCCCUGGGGGCUCAGGAAUCUGCAUUUUAAAGCAGCUCUGUAGCUGAUUUGGAUUCACACUGAAGUCUGAAAACCACAGGCACUGAGCUGGGUGCUGGGGCCAAACACAAAGCAAGGCAGACGUGGUCCCUAACUUACCAGUAUAUUUAUGUGGGGCAGGGGUAGGCAGGGGAGUGAGGGAACAGCUGAUUACAACAAGGUGAUAGAAUGCUAAAACAGAACCAGGAAGACCACAAAAGAGAGGCGCUUAGCUCAAACUGAGGAAGGUCAGAGAAGUCUUACAAAAGGCCAUAGAAGCUAAACUUGGAGGAGCUACAGCCCUGAAGAGAAAUGUGUAUUUCACAGAAACAAGGGAGUGGUCAGCUCGUGAAGAGUAAAUACAGCAGUGGCUGCGAAUGAAACGGUUAGUGGGAGAGUGUAGAGUGAGAAGCGGACGAAGGACCAAUAGUGAAAGACCCCAAACCACCCCAGCCCUCCAAGACGUCAUCUGUCCUUGCCUUCGCCGGCCCUUUCGCCCUUCGUGGAGGAACGCCCGCGCCCAGCGGAAACCAUCCAGCUCCCAGCCUAACACAACAGGAGGGGCGGGGCUCGACUCUUCCGGGACGUUCCCCCACCCCUCAGGGACUGCGCGGGACGUGCCCGCCCUGCGCGACGACGUCAGCGCGCCCGCGCGCGCCAGGGGAGGAGUGGGAGCUGCGGGCCGGGAGGCGCUGACGCUCCGCAGGCCCCGUCCGGUCCGGCGAUGGAGUUUCCGGACCUUGGGGCUCACUGUUCGGAGCCGAGCUGUCAGCGCUUGGAUUUUCUGCCGCUCAAGUGCGACGCCUGCUCGGGCAUCUUUUGCGCAGACCACGUGGCAUACGCCCAGCAUCACUGUGGAUCUGCUUACCAAAAGAGGGGAGCCCCCUGACCGUGCUGUUGGGGAACACAUUGACGGAGACUGCCGCUCGGAUCCAGCUCAGCAAAAACGUAAGAUCUUCACCAAUAAGUGUGAACGCUCUGGCUGCCGGCAGCGGGAAAUGAUGAAACUGACCUGCGACCACUGUGGCCGAAAUUUCUGCAUCAAGCACCGUCACCCACUGGACCAUGAUUGCUCUGGGGAGGGGCACCCCACAAGUAGGGCAGGACUGGCUGCCAUCUCCAGAGCACAAAGCCUAGCUUCUUCUACAAAGACCAUCCCCAGCCCAAACCAGACCUCGCCUUCAUCUACCUCUGCCAGCAGAGCCACAACUCAGUCUCCAUCCCGGACAGCUUCUCCAGUGAUUGCUUUGCAAAAUGGCUUGAGUGAGGAUGAGGCUCUGCAACGAGCCCUGGAACUGUCCCUGGCAGAGACCAAACCCCAGGUCCCAAGUUCUCAGGAGGAAGAAGACUUAGCUUUAGCACAAGCACUAUCAGCCAGCGAGGCAGAAUACCGACAGCGGCAGGCUCAGAGCCGCAGCUUGAAGCCGUCCAACUGCAACCUGUGCUAGGGCCUUGGGCUUGGGGAGGGAGGCUCAGCUGAGGAGGACUGUGGCCCUCGCAUCUCUAGGGUCCACAGGGAGAGGAGGCCUGGAGCAGCCUAGAGUGAAGAUGAGGAGG